CGGCUGACGCGACUUCCCAACUGCACACUCCAAGUCUCAGCAAUCUGCGCGAACUCAUACGAUGUUGGCUCGGUCGUUGCUAAUUGGGCUCGCGGCCUUGGUGAGCACCAGUCAUGCCGCCAACAAGGACAAGUAUUACGACUACAUUGUCGUUGGCAGCGGACCUGGAGGAGGUCCUCUGGCGAGCAACCUCGCGCGGGCCGGUCACUCCGUCCUGCUAAUCGAGGCAGGCAGCGACCAGAGCAACAACAUCAACUCGGAGAUCGUUUCCUUCUUUCCCAUUGCUUAUACCGACCCCACGCUGCGCUGGGACUUUUUUGCCUUCAACUUUGCCAACGAAACACGCAAUCUGCAGCACAACCAUCUAACGUGGCGGCGUGCCGAUGGUUCCUUUUACGUCGGCCGUGAUCCGCCCCCCGGGUCGACUUUGCUGGGCAUUCACUAUCCCCGAGGCGGGACAUUGGGAGGAAGCUCCGCCGUGAACGCCAUGUCGACAAUCUACCCGAGUGAAAGCGAUUGGGAAAACAUCGUUGGGUUGACAGGUGACGCGUCAUGGAGUCCAAAGCACAUGCGCAACAUCUUUGAGCGCAUCGAAAACAACCACCACCUCGCUCCCGGCACUCCGGGCCAUGGGUUCAACGGCUAUCUCGAUACCAUUGUAAGCGACGCUUCUGUCUGGGCUGGCCAGGACGACCUCUUGACUGCCCUGGGAACGGUCGCGGGACAUCUCGGCCAAAGUCCAAGCAACAUCAGCACCUAUGUGCGCUCGGACCCAAACGCUCCCGAUCCGAAUCGUGACCAGGCCCAGGGCGUAUUUGGUUCCACACUGCAUGCGGACGCAAGAUGGCGCCGCUUUACCUCACGCGACUAUGUCCUCGAUACCGCCAAUGCGGCCGAGCCCGAUGGCCAGAAGAAGUAUCAACUCACUGUUCAGCUCGACACCUUGGCCACCAAGGUGCUUUUCACCAAUGCCAACCAUCCACGCAAAACGCCGAGAGCCCACGGCGUCGAGUUCCUUCAAGGGCAAAGCGUUUACGGCGCAGAUCCGCGGCACACGGCCUCCAACCAGGGAGUGGCCGGCCGCGCAUAUGCCCGCAAAGAAGUUAUUCUUUCUGGUGGCACCUUCAACUCCCCGCAGCUGUUGAAGCUCUCUGGUAUCGGCCCAGCAGCGGAGCUAGAAAAAUUCAACAUCAGCGUAGUUGUUGACCUGCCUGGCGUUGGCACAAAUUUGCAGGACAACUACGAAGUGCCCGUCAUCGGUCAUGCUGCCAGGGACUUCCAGCAGCCGAUCCCAGAUCCCGACGCUCCGGCCUGCACCUUCGGGGUCCCGGGCGACCCGUGUGUCGAUCUUUGGAAACAGGGACUCGGACCCUACAUGGGAGGGGCAACCCUUAAUAGCAUCUUCCGAAAGAGCGCGAGUCCCGCAUACGACGAGCGCGACUUCUUCCUUGUCGGCGGCACGUUUGCUCUGCGCGGCUUCUGGCCGCCUACCGACUCGGUGCCCGCUGACCCACCGAACAUGUUUGGGCUGUCAACGGUCAAGAUCAAUCCGCAGAGCCGUUCUGGCAGGGUGCUGCUCAGGAGCGCGGAUCCCCGCGAUACCCCUGACAUCAACUUCCACCUGUUCGAGGAAGAUGAUGCGGGCACCGAACUUGAUCUCAACGCCGAGCUAGACACCGUCAAGUGGGCUCGCCGUGCGUUCGCCGACGUUCCCGCUCCGCUCGGCCCGAUUGCGCCGAUCGAACCGCCGUGCCCGGAGGCGCCGACGGCGGACGGCACAUGCGACGACGAAACAGACAGGGAGUGGAUCAAGAACCAGAUAUUCGGCCACCACCCCACAAGCACAUGUGCUAUAGGCGCCGACAGCGAUCCCAUGGCCGUGCUGGACUCCAAGUUCCGAGUACGUGGUGUCCAGGGGCUCCGUGUCGUGGAUGCGAGCGCGUUCCCCCGCGUGCCGGGGCCGUUCCCCGUCCUUCCCACGUUUAUGCUUAGUGAGAAGGGCACUGAGAGUGUCUUGGAGGACUCUGACUUGUGGUGAUGGGUAUACGGGGAUGGAGACGUCAAACUCCCACGGGUGGAACGUGCUAAGUUUCAGAGUUCACAGUGAUAAGUAGGUAGGA